GAAGUCGUAGCUCGGAAGCAACCGCCCCUUCUCCCUCUCGUGACGCGAUUCCCAGGACCCGAUAUAAGAGGAUUUAUAGAUCAUUAGAGGAAGAAUAGAUAGAGAAGUGGUUUCAAAUAGGAUCAUCUCCUUGGGCACCAAGUUUUGGAGACAAUUCUCUUCUUUCUCGUUUUCUUGGACGCAGAACAAGAAAGAUACACUUCGGAUUCCAAGCCGGGAAGUGCGAUAAAACCAUUGGAGUUUAAUCCAAGGUUUAAGUUCUUGCCUUUCGUUUCCAGGGCUUUGUGGGAAUUGGAAACAUGUUGGGAGAUCUCGCCACCAAAGUUCUUGUGAUGUUGUUUGGAUACGCCUAUCCAGCAUUUGAAUGCUUCAAGACGUUGGAGCAGAGGCGGUGGCCCGGUGAGGUCGAGCAGCUCCGGUUCUGGUGCCAAUACUGGGUCAUAGUUGCAAUUGUGACAAUCAUUGAGAGAUUUGGCGAACCUCUCGUUUCAUGGUUGCCUAUGUAUGGAGAAGCUAAGCUAGCCUUCUUCGUCUAUUUAUGGUAUCCAAAAACAAAGGGAUCUGAUCUUAUGUAUGAGACCUUCCUGCGGCCGCUCGUCAUGCAAUAUGAACCUGAUAUUGAACAGAGAUUAAGGAAUUUGAGGGCUAAAUCUGGAGAAUUGCUUGCAUUCUACAUGAAGAACUUCACAGAUAAAGGGACUACUUUAUUUCUAGAAGUUCUCAACUAUGUGGUCUCGGGGCCAUCUAGAACACAGAGCAACAGACGGUCAGGAUCGUCCGGCCCUCCGAACCCCAGUGCAAUCUUACGGUCGGCCCGGGAGGCUCCGGCACCGGAAGUAGGCGUCCGCGGCCAUCCCAACGCCAUGGGGCUCACCGCCGAGGAAUUGGAAGAAGACGCCGCCGUCGCCGAGUCCCUCCGCGCCGCACGUGUCCAACUUCGCCGACCGCGACACCGCCAAUAAAAUUUACACAAAAAAUAUAUAUAUAUAUAUUGAGGUGGAAAUAGAAUAGUGGUAGGUGGGAUUAGCGCUCCGUUUGUCUUUUUUUUUUUUGGAAAUUUUUUUUAUUCUAUAAAAAAAUUCAAAAAUCCCAAUCAGUUAGCAUUCUUUCUUUGUCUCUAUCCUUCCAAUGUACAAAAAGUUAAUAAAAAGCAUAAAAAGAAAAAA